CGGCCCACUUAUCCGCGCAUUCUUAUCACAAAUCACGGCAAACAUCGAUUCAGCAUUUCAAGUACGGUACGACGCGCGUAAUACAAAUCAGUCUAUUCUUUGUCGAUGAUUUAUUUGAAAGGGGAAACAUCUAAAUAAGUUAUCACCAAGUGUAAAGUCCUGCUGAUCUCAAAGAUUCGAAAAGUUAGUGCUAGAUCCUCCGGCUCCAAGUGACAGUUAACUCCAAGACAACACUUGUUAAACCGAGAGCUGCAUUGUUUGGGUAGCACUUGUUUCAACGCACCGAGGACGUGAAAAUGAUGUCGAAGAAGCAGUGGCUGUUAGUGCUGUGUCUAUUCGUCAUCUACCUACUACUGGGAGCUGCUAUAUUUUUGACUAUAGAAAUGGCUGAAGAGGAAAACAGAAAUGCGGAAGACAAGGCUCAACGACUGAGGAUAGAGAAUUUGCUGCGGCUCCACUACGAAGGGGACACUCAACAAGUGCGGGACAUAUUCAGCAACCUGACGGACUACUGCGGGAAGCCGAUCAACUACAACAUGAGCAACACUGACCCUCCGCCCAAAUGGGACUACUACCACUCGCUGUUCUUUGUCAUUACAGUCGUUAGUACCAUAGGUUAUGGUAAUUUAGUUCCUACAACCGCUACAACCCGGAUUUUUAUGAUCCUAUAUGGACUGAUAGGUAUUCCCAUGAAUGGCAUCGUCAUGGUGACAUUAGGAGAAUACUUCGGAAAAUCGUUCAAAAAACUAUAUGUACGUUGGAAGAACACCAGAAUUAAACGGAGUGCAGCAAAGCUUGGACUGAUAGGCCAGAUUGUCCUAUAUGCAGUUCCAGGGUUGACAUUUUUCAUCUUCUUACCUUCAACUAUCAUCAGCGUAUUUGAAAGGUGGGACUACGAUGUCGCCCUCUACUAUUCCUUCGUCACACUCACUACGAUAGGAUUUGGUGACUUUGUAGCAGGUGAUCUCAAAGACGAAACCGGUUUCAGCCCGAUGGUUCGUUACUGCUAUCAAGUAUUUCUACUGGUUUGGAUCAUAGGCGGUCUAGGGUAUGUGGUGAUGGUGAUUGGAUUCAUUACUCAAGGCAUGCGCAGUCGAAAGUUGGUGCAGAUAGAGAAAAUGCUGGCCGAUAAUAUAAGGAAAACGCCGCAGAGGAUAAGGAACGAACUUAGGAGCUUACUGCACGAAUUACUGUUCAUGCGAGUCAAGCCGGUAUAUAAAGGUGAAUUCGAAUACAUCCCUCACGUGAUAGAACGCAGCCAGAGUUGUCCAGAGCUCCGACUAUUGGGACUAGACGACCAUCCUGACGAAUCUCCGAAUUCCAAGAGGAAACGAGCAAUGUCUGCAUGCUACCCGCUCCCGACGGCAUUCAUAACGCCCACCAUCGCUACUAAGAUGCAGUCCGAAACGGAACUUGAGAAGAUCGACAAAGAGAGGACGUUCAAACCGUCGGAUGCGUUUAUGCAGCAAAAGGACCUUAUACUUAAAGUUGUGGAUGCUCUAAGUUCGCAGCGGUUUGAUGAUGGAGGCAUAAACUGCUUCUCUGACCAAGACAUCCUAGCCAGCGAGAACGUUGCUCCUCGAGGUAGACGCCGAGCAGCCAGCGAUUCUCUACCAUCAACUCCGAUGCCUGCGGUAGACUCCAAGCCUGGCGGAGGCUACACUUGGUACGGCGCCGAUGCUACCAAAGCCAGCCUGGAGUUCAGCAAACAGCGAAGAGCUAGAGCGUUCUCACUGGCUGCGGCCAAGUUGGAGGGACCCUCGUUACUGAAACGCCUCAAGAACAGGUUCAACAUUAGAAACAAGGACGAGAAGCAACUGGUCUCAAUGGACGUGGAAAGACAAAACCUCGAAAACCAGUUCAUAGCGAAACCAACAUCGCUAACCCCUGACGGCACGAAGCUUCCUGCUGGACCAACAAGCCUGCCGACGGAUCCAGCAUCAAUGCUGACCGAUAGAGUUCUGGAGCAGACGUCCAUUGCAGAUUUCAUCAGAGCGUUGUCAGCUAUAGCGGUACCGGAAGAUGCGACGGCGUACCUGAGGGAGCAGCAACCUAAAAGGAAAUUCGGAAUGGCUCGGGCUGGUCUAGCUCCCGGUCGCGCCGAACUGGGCAUCCGACGCCCGUCGAUGGCACCUUCACCCAGCUCAGCGCGUCAAGCUGCCCGUCGCAGAUGCUCGUUGAUGCCCGUCGAAGAACACCUGCUGUCUUCUCACGAACACCUUAAAGGCAUACUCGGCCUCGCGCCGACCUCGUCCGCUAGAAGCUCCUUCAAGACGACCGCUCACGCGAGAAGAAGAUUCUCGGUACGACCCGCUGCUCUGCCCACGAUCGACAGUACUUCACCGAGCAGUCUGCCGGUGAUGGGCAGCACUCUUGACAGCGCGGCAGCACCGAGUAGCAACAAGACGCUUGUUUCGACUAUACCUUCUAGCGCACCGUCUGUGAAAGUUUCAAGCGCCAAAUCGGUCAGUAUCGUAGCACCGAACGAUGUUCCGUAUCAUGAAGGUGGAGAACGUAGCGAUGCUUCGCUACCGGGUAUCGUGAAAACGGAAGAAACAAAGCCUUCGAAAGUUAUAAUUGAAAGCUAUCCCUCGAAUCUACCGGAGGCACGAGCUCUAUGCCUCCUAGUUCCAAGACUGUGAGCAUACUCACUCCAGGUACAGGUUCCUCUGUGAGCAGACUACCUACCGCUGAGGAAGCAAGGAAAACAGAUAGAAGUAAACCUUCGAUAGGUAUAAUCGCUGAAGGUUAUCCAUCGCAUUUACUUGGAGGUUCAAGUGGUGUCAAGUCUGUGAGUAUACUAGCUCCAGGUACGGGUUCUUCUGUAAGCAGACUGCCUACCACUGAAGAAAAAGCUCCAAGAGGACCGCCUUCGUACCCGCCCCCACCGCCUCCGACAAGGAAAGGCAGCCAUCAACAGCAAUAGAUCGAGUACAGGGUCGUACUUAGCGUCUUUCUGAAGUCUAGAUGGUCCAUGAAAUGCCAAUAAGCAUAAUGUGUAGGGUCUGACAACAGGCAAUACCCGAUGACUACCAAAUACGAGGGCGGUCUAAAAAGUUUCCGACCUAACAAAGAUACAACACUUAAACUCUAGGCGCUGAAGAAAGAAACUAAACCCAAAC